GCCGGAGCGACGUACGUGGGGAGCGGGGUCGGAGCCGGAGCCACGGGAGCCGCCGGACCUCAGCCAUGUCCUACUGCCGGCAGGAAGGAAAGGACCGGAUUAUAUUUGUAACCAAAGAAGACCAUGAGACGCCAAGCAAUGCUGAGCUGGUAGCAGAUGACCCCAACGAUCCCUAUGAAGACCACGGUUUGAUACUGCCCAAUGGAGACAUUAAUUGGAACUGCCCGUGUCUUGGGGGAAUGGCCAGUGGUCCCUGUGGAGAACAGUUCAAGUCGGCCUUCUCCUGUUUCCAUUACAGCACAGAGGAAGUCAAAGGUUCAGACUGUGUGGAUCAGUUCCGGGCCAUGCAGGAAUGCAUGCAAAAGUACCCAGACCUCUAUCCCCAGGAGGAGGAUGAAGAAGAGAAAGCAAGCGAGGGCGUGGAGGGGGCCGAGGCAGCAGCGACGGCCGCCGAGGCAGCUCUGACCAAAGAGGCGGCAUCCAGCUAAUGAAGAGGGACGCAGGCGCCCACCUCCUGCCUUUGCCCCUUUCAGAGAGGCGUGGACCUUACGCCAAGUGCCUCUCUGGGGGUCUUCACAGAAAGUCUCUUACCUUUUCAUGUUUUGUGCACUGUAUAUGAAAUAACUUAUUUUGAUGGGCAGGGGCCUCGACCCUGUGACACAAACACUGAAAAAAAGAUGGGAGUUCUGUGCGUGUGUCUAUGUGUCUGGGUGUGUGUGGGUGUAUGUACCAUGUAAACCUCUCAGCACACAGAGUUGCUGCUACUGCUUUUGAAUUCUUGUCCAGAGCACCCCGAAUCUCACCAGUUUAUGUGAAAUAAUGUAUUAAGGCUUCUCAGCAAUCCCCUAAAUCACUGCUCCUCAGGUUCAGACCAGGAGGGUGGGCGUGCUGGAUUCAUUCAUUCUAUUGAGGUCCCUUUUUUGUGUAUUUUGUAGUCUACUUAGGACAUCUGCAAAAUAUAUAUAUACAUAUAUCAAAGAGGAGGGACCAUUUUCUGAGAUGGUUGAUUUUUAAGAGAAAAUCUCAAAUUUAUAUUGUGCAAAGGUACUGAUUCAUGAUACAUUUACAUCAGGAAUAGAUAGAUGUUUUAUAUAUAUAUAUAUAUGUACACACACACACACACACACACACACACACACAUAUAUAUUGCUGACAGAUUCUGGAAAAGAAAUGGCUUGGGUGGGAUUUUUGUUUGUUUUUAAUUUAUGCAUUGAGCUCUGGUUCUCACACAUUUUCGAAGUGCAGAUGUGUGGGUACAUCAGGCAGCCUAAAAUGAAUGCAAAAAAUGGUUAUCACUGUUCCUUUACUGUUGAGAAUGCCCUGGUUGAGGGUCACUUUGUUAAUGCCUGUUCCAUCUUUAUCAGUUCAUACAAAAUGCCCUUGGGAGGUGGAAACUGAGCUGUUACCUGGAGUAACAGUCUAAGAGAAAAUAGUGUGACCUCAAGUGCAUAUUAAAAGAAAAUAUAUUUUUA